CAUCACGUGUAACUAGCUACAAAACUAUUAUAUAUACUUUGUAUCGUAUCGGGGGGAAUAAGUUUUUUAAACGUUUUGUACUUUGACAGUGUUCCAAUCUGUUUGCUUGCUCUUUCAAUAUGCUAUUUGUAUUGUAUGCGAUUAUAUUUACCUAUAUCGGCCUGGUUUCCGGAAGUAUAUGCCUGAAUAGCCCGUUUGAACACUGGUCCGCAUGGAGCGCGUGCGAGGUCUCGUGCGGGGGAGGUUUCCGGCUACGCUACUGCUACCAUGAUGGGACGCACGAGACGGACCGCUGCAACGUGAUAUGCUACAAUGACGCUGACUUCUAUCAGGGCCAGUGUCACUGCAGGCGGGGGACUACCGCUCCAUGCUGUGAGGAUAUAUUGGAGUGCAGCAGUAACCCGUGCCAAAACGGAGGCACAUGCAACGAGCACGUGAAUUACUACACGUGCACAUGCCCCGUUGGAACCACUGGGGACCACUGUCAAGACAUCCUCGACUGCGCAUCGUUUCCGUGUAAGAAUGGAGGCGUAUGUAUCGAGCACGUUAAUUUCUACACGUGCUUGUGCCCGCCCGGAACUACAGGACACGACUGCGACGAUAUUCUCGAGUGCGCGAGUACCCCGUGUCUGAACAAUGGCACGUGUCUCGAGCACAUCAACUACUACAGGUGUCAGUGCGUGCCUGGCACCACGGGAGUCAACUGCGUGGAUAUCCCGGAGUGUGCGAGCAGCCCCUGUCAGAACGGGGGAACGUGUGUAGAGAUGAUUAACCAGUACCACUGCACGUGCCCGCCAACGCAUACAGGGCCAAAUUGCGAGAAAGAUCUGUUUUCGCUGCACGACAGCACAUGUCGCACAGGCAGCUCAUGCUACGUGGUGUUCCCCGUUAAGGACACGUGGCAAGGAGCACGUGACUUUUGCCAGGCUCGCGGAGGACACCUCAUGGUUCCGAACGAUUUGACGGAAGGGAUCUUUAUGGAGACUUUUCUAGAAUCCAUGCGAUCGCGCUACAGCGAAGCGCUGUUCUGGAUUGGCGGCACAAAGACCGGAAGCAGUCCUGAGCGUUGGCAGACAGGAAGAAGUAGCACGUCUAGAUGGCCUGAUGGCAACGGCCCGGUUGCAUUAGGGACGGAGUGUGUUGCCAUGGACGGACGCUACAACUUUCAGUGGCAGAUUUUCCCAUGUGACAGACCGACAUUCUUUAUAUGCGAGGAACAAACUAUAUAUGUUAUUGGCUAAACGUCCUCGAAGAUGCUUUAUACUUUGCACGUUCAUUUUGUUUUAAUAAAAAGGUUUUAUAGAAAUGUAAGUGGUAUUGUUGUUUUCAAUCAUAAAUAAUAAGAUGGGUGAGGAGUAAUUUAAAAAAAAUCUCUUUUGCAAUUAACAAAGCUAUUACUAAAGGAGAGGAAAGGGGAGAAAAGGGGAGAAAAUGACGCUCAGACGAACGAGAGAAAUACAAAUGAGGUUUGACUGCAAAGAGGUAGUGACUAAAGAAGGUUGUAUUAAUAAAGAAAUCUCAAUUGUUUUUAAGAAAACAGAGAACUUAAAAUAUGAUACAGUGCAGUUAAUGUCAGGGGAUAAGGGAGAGUAUAUCAACAGAUACAGCAAAUGACAUUGAGCUGAAAUAAAAAAAAAAAAAUAAGGAUAUAGUGCUGAAAUGGUUAUAAAUUAAGAAGAAAACACCAAUAAAAAGCAAAUGACCUUACUAUUAAUCAAGAGAAUUAGAAGAAGGCCAUGGUGUUGAAAAUGAUAGUGAAUAUGGCAGUGUAUUGCAAAAUAUUAAGAACAGGACCUCGAGAAGUAUCAAGCAUGAAGAUCAAUUUAAAGAAACUAGUAAGUUAAUAACUAUAAAUGAGGAUAGAAAAUACAUACAGAGGUCGCAAAUAAGAUACGGCAUAUCAAGCGAGAGAGCGAUAAAAGCACUGAUGUGUUGGAGUUAUACGCACGUAACUACAUUGUAUGUACUGUGUUACUUGCGUGACUGCUCGUAUCCCCGCGUUCCAUAAUAGGCGGCCAUUAUCUUAAGAACAGGAACUUAAUGCAUAUGUAGUCUGUAAUCUAAGGAGAUGACUCGGACGAGAUAAAAGAGCAUUUACGUUUAACAACAAAGGGAAUAAUGUCAGUUAAAACAAAACUAGAUCUUUUAUUUGUACUGUAUAUAUCAGGCAUCACCAAUGCGUCGAUUUGUACGAACAACCAGGCCAUAUUUUUCCAAUGGAGCGCCUGGUCCGAGUGCACCGGAAGUGAGCACAGUCGCCUCUGCUACGCUGAUCAAUCGUACGAGACGGCUAUCUGUGGGAGCCCCACCACAACCGUUACUAUGACCACUGCCCGGACAACAACGUUAAUGACGCGGUCGUCCUUUACUACCGUUCCCCAUUUCGGCAAACCGGAAGCAGCCAUCUGCACAGAAAACCAGGCCAUCUUCUUUCAGUGGGAAGCAUGGGGUCCAUGCGCGGGUGGCACGCGCAGUAGACACUGCUACGCAGACGACAAAUACGAGCACGAGACGUGUGGGGGUGCAAUCACUUCCGUUGUGACAACAGCUAGCCACGUAACAUACACAAAUACUGAUCUGAGUGAGAUUCAUUCAACAUCCUCUCCAACAGACACCCGUAACUGUGCGGAUCUCCCGUGCGAGAACGGUGGACAUUGCACACAGCUCCCAGUGGGACACCACUGCGCAUGCCCUGGGGACUACACCGGAGAUAAUUGUGAGAAAUAUUUAUUUCCCCGCUUUGACAACACGUGUCGCACGAAUUCCUCGUGCUACGCUGUAUUUAGCGAGGCGAUUAUGUGGCGAGAUGCACAGAAUUCUGCGCGGCGAGGCUUGGGCACCUGGCCGUCCUGAAUGAUCUCUCCGAGGCGCUGCACAUUGAAACGUUCGUGGAGUCCAUGAGAAGCAGGUAUUCAGAGCUUGUGUUUUGGUUGGGGGGUACGGUGACCACAUUCCGGUACAGUAGAAUGGCUAAAGGGAGAACCUAGCAGUGUUACACGGUGGCUGGACGGUCUAAGUCCUUCCAUGUCCAGCCCGGAGUGUCUUGCUCUGGACGGCAACAUUGGCUUCCGAUGGAGACCCAUGCCUUGUGAAAAAACGACUUAAUUUUAUAUGCGAGGAAAGACAACUGUACCACGUCGGCCUACUCGGAUGAUAAUAUGGAGCCUCUACAAAAACUUGAUAGAAAGAUGUCUUGUCCAUGUGUGCAAAUAAAAAGAAACUACAAAUACUAA